GGCCAUAAAAGAACCCAAUUUGUUUACAAUGAGAUAUUUAAACAUGGCCGCCUCCUUGAAGUAAGUAUUACAGUCUGAAAGUAUAUAAAAAAUGUCGAUUUCAGCUAAAAACGUGAAUAAAUUAUCGCAUCACGAGAAAAAAGAAAUAUGUUCUACACGGGCAAAGUAUAGAGAAGGAAGAAGAGAUACUUCUGUACGAGUUUAUACUGUUAAUCAGGAGUCGUGUUAUCUUCUCAUACAAAAUGUCCCUUCUGUGGGAAAUAGAGAAGAAUUAAAAGAAUUCUGCGAACAAUAUGGCUUGAUUGAUGAUAUUUAUCCGUUAGAUGAUUAUCCUAGCGAAGAGUUUACCGACGUUUACCUUGUUAAAUACUCGAAUUUUUCAUCAUCCAGGGCAGCAAAGAAGCAACUGGACAAUCGUUCUUUUUUUGGUGGGGUAUUGCAUGUAUGCUAUGCACCAGAAUUUGAAACAGUAGAAGAAACCAGAAGCAAAUUAGCAGACAGAAGAAGAUAUAUUGUUUCCAGGACCAAAUCGAAUUUCCGGCAGAAAGAAGGAAACUUUUCUGAAGGAAAUAAGAGGAAGUCUGGUGGUAAAUCUUUCGUGGGUGAAUCAAAAACACCCAAAGUUGAACCGGUCCAGUAUAUGACUUACGUUUGGGCCGGAAAAGAAUAUACCGUUCCCAUGUCGUCGUCGUCGUCUAAGGAGGAAGCAGUUAAUUAUGAUGUCCAGCAAGCUGCCAAAAAUAAGGAAUUGAUAAAUGUACCGUCAUCGUUGAAUCGAGAUGCCGGGUGCGAUGUUGAGAUUUCUGAAAAACCUGAAAAACCGAAUAAGAAUAAUUCUCAAUUUUUUGUUCCUCGACAACUUAAGACAAAGGGCGAAAGUUCAUCUUUAAGUAUUGAUGUUUCUAAUUCGGAAGUUAAAAAAGAUGAUCCAAAUUUGGUCCGUACAGAUAUUGGAUAUCCGUAUGAUCGGACCACGGAAAAGAUUCGUCAGAAAUUAUCUUCGUUUUCGUCUGCAAAUUUAGCUGUUAAUCUGAAAGGAAAAAAGUCAUAAAGUUUUACUUUAUGUUUCAUUAUAUAAAAUAUGUUUUUAAUAAAGAUAUAUAUUCCACAUCCAA